UCUCUUUCUCCCUGGACUUCACUGACAAGCAGUUUCAUUUUCACUAUGAAAAGUGUACUUCCUCUGAACCUUACAGACAAACAACAAAGCUAUUGUGGAAGUCAUUCUACUUGUGGUGGUCGUGAUGAAGACAAUUUCAGUCAAGCUGAAUUGUUUAAUGACCAGUUCUUCAAAGUAACAUUCUUAUCCAAUCCUGAUUCAACUGCCCAUGCCAUUUUUAUUCUUACUGUUUUAAUAAGCAUUGUAGGGAUAGUGGGAAAUGGAUGUGUGAUUUGGCUGCUUGGUUUCUUCAUUGAGAGAAAUAAUUUCACAAUCUAUGUCUUGAACUUAGCCAUCACUGAUCUUGGUAUGCUUAUAGGUGCAUUGGCUUUCAAUGUCCCAUUCAUUACCGAAUUAAAAGUGGCUGAUGUCCAAAAGAUACAAUGGGUUUUCUGGCAAUUCUCUCUCUUCACAUAUUCUGUAGGUUUAUAUCUUCUGACAGCCAUUGGUAUAGAAAGAUGUCUUUGCAUUCUCUUUCCCAUCUGGGUCCGUUGUCACCGGCCAAAACACCUUUCCAUUACUGUAUCUGUCAUGUCUUGGAUAGUAUCUGCCGUGUUUUGUAUUACUGAAUUCUUACUUCAUUACUUUUGUUUAUUAGACCUUUGGUUUACAUCUAUCAGGAUUAUGUUUAGUGUAAACCUCUUUAUUUUAACACCUGUCAUGGUAGUCUCUACCCUGAUUCUAUUGAUCAAAAUUCCCUUUAGACACCAGCCAGGAAAGCUGCAUACUAUCAUACUCAUCAUUCUCAUCUUCUUCAUUAUCACUGCUAUCCCGUAUGGUACUUUUUUCUUUAUUUCUACCAUCAAUUAUAAUUUUCAUUCUAUUGCGGUUCCAGUGUUUACCUUGUUAGUUAUUCUGAAUAGCAGCAUCAACUCAAUUAUUUACUUCUUUGUUGGGAUACAGUGCAAUCGUAGAUCCUGUGAUUCCAUCAAAGUUGUGUUCCAAAGAAUUUUUAAAGAUGAAACUGAGCAUGCAGAAACCAUAGUGACAUAGGACUUCAUCAAAUAAUGAAUCCACUUUAAAUCCGGUUUCUGCCUCCUGCAGAAUUCUAGGGUUUGUAGUCUAGGGAAGAGUCUUUAACAGCCUCACAAAACUAUAAAUCCCAGAAUUCUGCAGGAGGCAGAAACCGGACUUAAAGUGAUUCAUUCUCUAGUGUGAUGAAGUACAUAAUAGUGACAAAGCCGAGG